AUGCCCCUGGUAUCACAAACAACAAGAGCCAGCGCACGCAGAUACCUCUCUGAAAGCCAAAUCUCGCACAUUUCUAAACCAAUCAGCCCGCCGAAACCACAAAGGACCACCAAAUCUCCCACAGAAGGCCCUUCGAUAGACUCUCCCGCCGCCUACACCAGCAUCAUCUCACACGCAUCCUCGCCCUCCACACUCACCACCACCGACCCCAGCAGCAGCAAAGACGAGGCCAAGCUCGGCCACGCCGCCGACUUUUUCCAAAAGAAUGCGCAGUUCCUCUACUCGGCGGCGCAGUUCCGCGACCACCCGUUCAACGAGCACGUGCCCGAGGUGGUGAUCCUCGGCGCCUCCAACGUCGGCAAGUCGACCUUUCUCAACAGCCUCGCCGGCCGGCGCGGCAUCGCGCGCACCAGCCCCCGGCCGGGCCACACGACGCUCAUGAACGCCUUUGGCGUCGGCCCCGCGCCAGAGAUCCCGCGGUCCUCCCUGCAGCACGGCACGCCGCCGCCCAAGCACAGCCUCGUCGUCCUCGACACCCCCGGCUACGGCUACCGCAGCCAGACGACGUGGGGCGACACCAUUGUGCGCUACCUCGGCGCGCGCAAGACGCUGCGCGGCGCCGUCGUCCUGCUGUCGGCCGAGAAGCGCCUCAUGCCCGAGGACCGCUGGCUGCUCGAGGCGCUGGCCGACGCCAACGUGCGCACCGUCGUUGUCGUCACCAAGGCCGACAAGGCGGUCGUGCGUCGCGGCAAGGGCGGCGGCGGCGGCGGCACCUGGGCGGACAGGUGCGCCGAAAAGGCGGCCGAGGUGCGCAAGGAGCUGCGCCGGAUCCAAAAGGGCACGGGCAGCAACUGGGAGGAGGACGCCGGCUGGUCGUCGGACGUGUUUGUGACGGCGGCGGGGCUGGGCCAGAUGGGCAAGACGAGCAACAGGGCCGGCAUGGGAGGCGUGCGGGCGGCGAUCCUGGACAUGGCAGGGUUCAAGGUCGAGGAUGCCGCGGUCGAGCAGCAGCCGGAAAACAUUUCGUACACGGGCAAGAUUGUGUCUUUUGACGACAUUGUGUGGAAGUCCUGA